AUGUCGAAGAAACGCCCAAGGUCUACAACAAAGCAUCACAAAGCGAUAUCAGAGGAACAAGAAGCGGAAAUGGCGGGGGGGGGGGGGGGGGGGGGCGAAGGCCACACCGGUGGAACCAAUUGGCGAUAUCAGAAGUUGGAUAUGACUCUGUUUGACAGUGAAAACCCCAAUGGGUGGAUCUUGAGAAUAGAGGGAUAUUUUAACUUUUACAGACUAUCCGAGAGUGACAAGAUGGAGGCGGCAGUGGUGGCUCUUGAAGGAGACACCCAACUUUGGUUUUAA